AUGGGUGAGCUAACAUUCUUUCUUGGACUACAAAUUCUACAAACUGAAGAAGGAACCUUCAUAUGUCAGACCAAAUACACAAAAGAACUGAUUCAAAAAUUUGGUUUGAGCAAUGCAAAAUCAAUUGGCACACCAAUGAGUCCUUCCACAAAUCUAGACAAAGAUGAGCAGGGAAUUCUUGUUGAUGAAACUAAAUAUCGUGGAAUGAUUGAAUCAUUACUGUAUCUGACAGCAAGUCGACUGGACAUUAUGUUCAGCGUGUGUGAUAAGGAUGACAGGAAAAGCACAAGCAGCACAUGUCAAUUACUGGGAAAGGCUUUAAUAUCUUUGAACAGUAGAAAACAAGCUUCAGUUGCGCUAUCCACUACUGAAGCUGAAUACAUUGCUAUAGGACAAUGCUGCGCACAACUAUUAUGGAUAUCUCAUCAACUGGGUGAUUAUGAAAUUUUCUUUCGUCGUUCAAUGUUUGGAAAACCAAUCAUCGCAUCCCUUUAA